GGAAUGGCCUUAGUCGUCCUCUGCUGCUCAACCUUCUCUUCAGUCUUUUUUAUCGCUGCCCUCUGCUGCUCGCUGCUACCAAGCGCACAGCUAGCUGCUCUCGGACGAGGCAACGACGACUCCUUCCCUUCCCUUAACCAUUAAGCUACUCUAAAAUCCCAAGCUUCGGAUCGAAUCGAGCUACGAAUCGCGUCCCAGGGCAAAGAAAGGAGAGGAGCUUUCUCGAUCGCAAUCAUGGAGCUGGUGAUGGGGGCAAUGGAAAACCUGAUCCCCAAGUUGGGUGAGCUGCUCAAGGAAGAGUACGUCAUGCAGUCGGGCGUGAGAGAGAAGAUCCAGUCUGUCUCACGGGAGCUCGAGAGCAUCCACGCUGCUCUCCGCAAGAUCGGCAAGGUGCCAUGGGAGCAUCUUGACGAUGAGUUGAGGCUUUGGGCGCACGACCUUAGGGAGGCGUCGUAUGACAUGGAGGACAUCAUCGACUCCUUCCUUGUGCGCGUCGACGGCCAUGAGGCAAGUGAAGUUCACUGGUUCAAAUGGUUCUUGGAGAAGAUGACCAACCAGUUCAACAAGAUCAAGGCUAGCCAUGAAAUCGGUGUCGCAAUGAAAGAAAUCGAUGAGAAGCUCCAGGAGGUGGCUACCAGGCAUGCGAGGUACACAAUCGACAAUAUUGCCAUCAAUCCUGCAGGCCCAGCAACUGUCGAUCCUCGUCUCUUGAGUAUGUACAAAACAUUGGCAGAGCUUGUUGGAAUUGAGGGGCCCAUGGAUGAGCUCAUGAAGAUGUUGGAUAUUGAUUUGCCGACCAAGAAGAGGAAGAUCGAAAUCGAUGUGUCCGUUAGAAAACCGAAGAUGGUAUCCAUCUUUGGGUUUGGAGGACUUGGCAAGACCACUCUUGCCAAAGCAGUCUACGACAAGCUUAAACCAAGUUUUGAUUCUGGGGCUUUCAUUCCGGUCGGUCAGAAUCCUAAUAUUAGGAAAGUUUUUAGGGAUAUUCUCAUGGAUCUUGACAAGCAGUCAUACAAUGACUUAAAUCUAAAGCUGCUGGACGAAAGGCAACUCAUCAACAAACUCCAGGAAUUCCUCCAAAAAAAGAGGUGUUUUGUAGUCAUUGAUGACAUAUGGGAUAAGGAUUCAUGGAGGUUAAUUAGAUGUGCACUACAAGACAGUAACCAUGAAAGCAGAGUAGUCACAACUACUCGUAUUUAUGAAGUUGCCACACAAGUGGGCGAAGUUUACAAAAUGCAUCCACUUUCUCAUGAUGAAUCAAAAAAAUUAUUGUACACAAGAAUUAUUAGCGGUGAAGGUGAGUCUCUCCGUAGUACAUCGGUUGAGGCAUGUGACAAAAUACUAAAGAAAUGUGGCGGUGUGCCUUUAGCUAUCAUCAUAAUAGCUAGUCUGUUGGCCAAUAAACCAAGGGAAUACUGGUCCGAAGUGUAUAACUCUAUUGGUUUAGAACAUGGAUACAAUGAUGACGUAGAUAAUACAAGAAGGAUAUUGUCUUUGAGCUACUAUGAUUUGCCGUUGCAUCUGAAGCCGUGCUUAUUGUACCUAAGCAUAUUUCCGGAAGAUUAUUAUAUUGAGAAAAAUUUGUUAAUAUGGAAGUGGAUAGCAGAGGGUUUUGUACAUGAGAAACAAGCAGCAAAGUUAGGGUUAUUUGAAACCGGGGAGGGAUAUUUCAAUGAGUUGAUAAACAGAAGCAUGAUCCAGCCAGUUGAGCAUGAAUACUCAGGGUACAUGUGUGGUUGCCGUGUUCAUGACAUGGUACUUGAUCUGAUCCUCUUAUUGUCAGGUGAAGAAAACUUUGUCACUGUAGUAGAUGGCAGUAAGGAACAUGAACUUUCAUGGAAAAAUGCCCGUAGAUUAGCUCUACAACAUUGGAGUUUUGAAGAGAACAGGAAUCAGUUGGCUAAUAUGGGUGUGAAGCAAACAAGGUCCCUUAUUAUGACUGAGUGCUUUGAUAAGAACAUGCAAUUACCGAGCUUCCAAGUUUUACGUGUACUAGAAAUACAAAAGCAAGGCCGUUGGUGGAACAUUGAUGGUAAAAUUAACCUGCAGCAUGUUAGAAAUUUACUUCACCUUAGGUUCCUCCAUCUAGAUUGUAUUGAUUCUAUUCCUCUCAUAGAGCAAUUCAGAAAUUUGAGGUUUCUACAAGUACUUCAUCUGAAGGAAUCUAACAUACAAGAGCUGCCAGAGUCAGUGGGCCUGCUAACAAAAUUGCUGUCCCUACGUGUUGAUAUUGAUGUAAGGGUGUCGCCUGGUGUGAUCGAGAAGCUGACGUCCUUACAGGAGCUGUAUUUGUGGCCUUAUAGUGAUGAUACGUUCCAGUUCGUGAAGGUCCUAGGCAAGCUGAGGGAACUGAGGGUGCUGCAUGCUAAAAACCUUAAGCUUGAUGGACAGGGCGAGACAUCAGCACUGCUGGAGUCCCUAUGCAAUCUGCACAAGAUCCAAACUUUGGACAUUGACCUAAAUCUUAAUCCAAAUGAGGGUGUCACGUGGGAUGCAGGAUUCACUUCCCCUCAAUGCCUCCGAUACCUCUGCUUGGUGUCUUUGAGGUUUCAUAGAAUGCCAGAGUGGAUUAAUUGGUCGCUUCUUCCAAACCUCUCUUAUCUUGAAUUGAGAGUGAAUUUUUUGGAAGAGCUAGACCUUGAAACCCUUGGGAGGUUACCAAAACUACGAUACCUCCAUCUGUUUAUACACUGCGACAGGAUAGUAAGCAUCGGGAAGAUUGCCGGUGCUGGUGAUGCCUGCUUCCAAGAGUUGAGAUUUUUGAACACACCCUACUUGUAUGUCCGGUUUGAUCAGCAUGGCAUCAUGUGCAGCAAAGACGAAAAAGCUGUCAUGCCAAACGUCAAAACUCUCAGUUUUUGUGUUUAUGUGCGGAUCCUAAAAGAUACCGACAUACUUGGAUUUGACAAGCUGUUUAGCUUCGCUCAUCUUGGAAGAAGUUCGCUCCAACAAGUCCAAGUUAACAUCCAAUGUCGUGGUGCUCGUGCCAUGGAAGUCGAGGAAGCGGAGGCGGCGUUGGCACACGCAGCCGCCAUCCAUCCCAACCGUCCAACCCUUCAAAUCCAUAAGUUUUCGGAGGGAGAAAUGCUUCCCCCUCACGAGGAGCCUAGCAGCUUCUUUCCUAAAGUUGUUGUCGAAAAUCUCAAUGCGCAUGAGAGAAAGGACGACGAUCUUCGUUUUGUCCUCGGACAGAUGCUCCAGCGUAAUCCAUGCGUAAAGAAAUUCAGUGUCUCCAUCAACUGUGAAAAUGCAUGUCUUGAGGAGGUGGAGAAAGCAGAGGCGGCUGCGAGAUAUGCAGUCGACUUCCACGCAAACCGCCCGACACUUGAACUGGUAAAAUAUGGUGAAGAUAAGAUGGUGUUGUCUGGCCAACACCAACAGGUCUGAAGAAAUUCUACCAUGUUGUUUUGAGUCAAGAUUGUCAAAGUGGUAGCACAGGAGUCUCAGUACUGUCUUGAGCAGAACAGGGAGCCGCUGCACUGCAGAUCGAGCCGAAGAACAUUUGAUGUAAUCCUGAUCAGAACACCAUUUUGACUUCCAUUUUAUUUGAGAACACCGCAAAUUUUACUCUGCAACCUGUAAUAAAAUGUACUUGUAAGCUCAAUCUUAUUUCCGAUUGAUGGCUAGUUGGCACGAUUGCUGCGCAGUCUUGAUUAAAAUGUGUCCCUAGAAAUGGUACCAGACUAUUUUUUGAACAGAAUGAAAUGGUACCAGACUAGUUAGCACGGUUACUGUACAAUUUGCAACAUGUCUAUUUAUAUAUAUACCUCUACUCCCCAGUUAGAGUGUGCUCUUUACUCUA